AUGAAAUUGCCACAAGGUGUUAGUGCUUCUCAUCCUUGGCAGGUUUGCAAGUUGAAUAAAUCCCUUUAUGGAUUGAAGCAAAGAAAGUAUUGUCUGGAACUUUUAAAGGAUGCUGGUCUCACUGGUUGUAAACCUGUCACUACUCCUUUAGAUGCUUCUAUCCGUUUGCAUCAAGACGAUGGAUCGGUUUUCUCAGAUAUCACUGCUUAUAGGCGUCUUGUGGGUAGACUCUUAUACCUCACUACCACAAGACCUGACAUUGCCUUUGCUACUCAACAAUUGAGCCAAUACAUGAGUGCCCCUACUGAGUCACACUAUAAAGCUGCUUUACGUGUCCUCAGGUAUCUCAAACAAUCACCUGCCCAUGGUAUCCUCCUUUCUCAGGCUUCAGAUCUGCAGAUUUCCGGUUUUAGUGAUGCUGACUGGGGAGGUUGUAUUGACACUCGAAGAUCCGUGUCUGGUUAUUGUUUUUUUAUUGGUCACUCUUUGGUGUCAUGGAAAGCUAAGAAGCAAAUCACGGCUAGCUGUUCUUCAGCUGAGGCUGAGUAUCGCGCCCUGGCCUCCGCUACUAGGGAACUUCAGUGGCUUUGUUUCCUAUAG